UUUGUAUACGGCCAUUGACCAUCGUCAAGGACCCUGUAUAAAGCUCCCUAGAGGAGAAGAGGCUUGUUAGAAGCGGAGCUUAACUUUAGACACGCUGCCAAUUAGCAACCAGGAAGUAUCUCAAGGAUCAAUCUCGUGGUGACAAUGAAGAUAGUGCUCAAAGUGGCGAUCACCUGCAAGAAGUGCAAAACCUGCGUCCUGGGAAUCUCCUCAAAAAUUAAAGGAAUCAAGUCGCUGACGUACGACGACGAGAAGAGCACGCUGACGGUGGUGGGCGAGGUGGACGUGGUGGAGAUCGUGGCGGCGCUGCGCAAGGCGAAGCACCCGGCGGAGGUGGUGUCCGUGACCGACGAGAAGAAGGAGAAGGAGGCAGAGGAGAAGAAGAAGAAGGAGGAGGAAGAGAAGAAGAAAAAGGAGGAAGAAGAGAAGAAGAAGAAGAAGUGCUGUUGCCCCUUGCCGUGUCCGCAGUGCCCGAAGCCGUGCCUCCCCCCGUGCCCCCCGCCUUGCCCCCCGCCGUGCCCCCCGCCAUGCCCGCCACCAUACAUGAAGCCGUGCUACAUCCCCAUCGAGGACGAGUACCCCGGCCCCUGCACCAUCGUCUGAGAGAGCAACGCCAUGGCCAUCUAUGCCACAGUUUGUUGCCGAUGAAAAAGCCACAUCCUCUUCCAACAGGCGCUUGAAUUUCAUCUGUAGGUCGCGGCGAUCGGUUUGAAAGAUUUGGUUUCAUGGACAUCCCCCUUUCUGAAUCUUUUCAUUCUUGAGUGGCCUUCCAUCAUCCAGCAGCCCAGAUUAACAGGUGCCUGAAUGAUAUGAUGUAAUGGCAACAUUUUAGGCAGGUGCUAUGUGUAACUUUGUAACAAGCUUCCAAUCGAACGCCAAGAUUAAGAUGCCAUUGCAAGAGA